GUUUCUUGCUCCCACCUUCCCUGUCCGAUUGCUUCUCGUGCCACUUAUUCCUUCUCAAGCCUUCGCACCUCACCACCAUGGCGGCGGCUCCAGAUGACGAUUUUCCGCCGCUAGUUGCGCAAGAAUCUCUAGUCCCUUCCGCCCUCCCCAACCCUAAACCCGCCUGGGGAGCGCCCCGCGCAGUGUCCCUGCGCGAGUCCCUCCGCGAAUCCGCGGAAGCGGAUCAAAGCGGAAGUGGAAGUUUUACCGCUGCUCCGCUCGGAGCCCAUGCUGGCUCGAGCGGAGCUGACGUGGCAUCAGGCGGGAAACCCGCCAGCGUGUCGCUCAGCACAGACGCGGCCACGCGCGGCGGCGGCGCCUCCGGAGCCGUGCAGGUGCUUGUAGUGGACGCGAAUGUUCUUAUAUCGGGGGCGUCGGGGGCUACCUUGCAGAAAUUCGCCAGCGAGGCGGAGAUUGUGACUGUACGCGAGGUGCUCGCGGAGGUGCGGGAUCGCACCGCGCGGCAGCAGCUGUCGGUUCUCCCCUUCGAUAUCAAAUGCCGGGAGCCCAGUGAAGAGUCGAUUAAGGAGGUUCUCCGCUUUUCACGCGCCACUGGUGACGUGGGCACGCUCUCCGCCGUCGAUUCCAAGCUGCUCGCGCUCGCGGUGACGGAGGAGAUCUGGACUCACGGCCGCACGAAUCUCCGCGCCGCGCCCGCCCGCCCAAUCUUCCAGAAGAGGACAAACGUGGCGAUGCGCCAGGCGCUGCCUGGGUGGGGAGCGGAGAACGUGGCGAAUCCGGAUGAGUGGGCGGGGAUCGACGCGGUGGCGGACGACGGGGGGAAGGGGAAAGGGAAGGGGCAGGGGACGGGGGUAGCCGGGUCGCGGAUUUUAGGCGUUAGGGCUUUGGGGGAGGGGGAUGAGAACGCAGAUGAGAGCGAGCGGGGGGUCGAUGCGGGGAGGGAGGCGGGGGAGGAGGCAGGGGAGGAGGCGGGGGAGGAGGCGGGCGAGGGGAAGGUUGAGACUGGGGGGAAUGGGGGAGGGGAGGGUGUAGAGAAUAAGGUUCAGGGUUUGUCGCUGGGGGGAAAUGGGGAUGAGGGGGAGCAAGGGGAAGAUGGGCCGCGGAAAAGGGAAGCAGGGCGGAAAUCGGAUCAAGGGGGGGAGAUGCCCGGGUGGGGGACAGUUGGGGGCGGAAGGGGGAGAGGUGGGGGGAGAGGGAGAGGAGGGCGCAGAUGGGCGCCUCGGGAAAUAAAGCCGAUAGUAGCUGAGGAGCGGUUCGAGGGCAAAUUAGUAGUGGCUGGAGUAGACGCCUCUAAGAGAACAGAACCAGCUGACGUGACAGGGCGAACAGGAGGGGAGGAAGGCGGGGAAGGAGAAGGGGAAGGAGGGGGAGAAGGGGGAGAGGGGGAAGGGAAUGAGGGGGAGGAGGCGGAAGAGGAGGAGGAGUGGGAGGCGGCGAGGGGGAAGAGCGGGCGGAGGAGGUGGAAGAGGCGGGCGGGGAAGCGCGCCGCCAUGGAAGAGCUCGAGAGGCUCGCGCGCGAGCAGGCGGAGCGGGCAGCGGCGCUGGCGGGCAUGUCGGCCCCAGGACAGGCGGCCCCUGAGGCGGCUACUAAGAGCGCAGCAGUGGUGGGCGGAGAUGCAGGCGCGGGCGCAACAGAUGGGCCCGUGGCAGCAACAGAAGAGGCAGGUGUGAGUGGAGAUGGUGGUGGUGGCGCUGGUGAGGCAAGGGAGAAGGGUCCGGAGGAAGGUGCGGUGAGACAGGAGGAGGGGGGCGAGGGAGCAGCGCUGCAGAGAGGGGAUGGGGAGGAGGAGGAGGAUCACGAGGGUGAGGGUGAGGGGGAUGGGGAAGAAGGAGGAGAGGAGGAAGAGGAAGGGGAGGAAGAGGAGGGAAGUGGAGAUGAGGAGGGAGAGGAGUGUGAGGGAGAGGAUGAAGCACAGGAGGAGGAGGAGGGGAGCGUGGAUGGUGGCAGUGAAGCAGCGUCCAUGUCAUCAUCAUCGUUAUCCACGUCAGCAGUGGCCCUGAUGACGUCUGACUACGCCAUGCAGAACGUGGCACUGCAGAUGGGUCUGCGCCUGCUGUCCGGCCAAUCAGGGAUGCGCAUUGCCCAGGUGCACAGGUGGGUGCAGCGCUGCUCUGCCUGUUCGGCUGUCACACCAGACAUGACUCGCGUCUUCUGCCCUGACUGCGGCAACGGCACCACGCUCAACAAGGUGACAGUAACGGUGGGAGUGGAUGGGGUGGUGCAUGCUGGUGUGCGCAAGAGGCACAACAUCAGAGGCAGCAAGUUCUCCCUGCCAAUGCCCAAGGGCGGCAGGGUAGGAGCAGCUAAAGACCCGGUACUCAGGGAGGACCAGCUGCUUCCGAAGAACGGCCGGCGCCGAUUCACCAAGAAGAAGGGCAAACCCACGGACGUGCUGGCGCCUGACUUUGUGACGUUCUUUGAUGAGGUGGGCGAGGGGAAGGCGGGCGGCGGGGGCGCGGUCAACAGCCGGGCGGUGGUGGCGACUGUGGUAGCUGGAGGGGAUACGAGGAGAAUGGCCGUUGCCCUGGGGCUGAAGGUGAAUCCCAAUAGGGUGAAGCGGGGAGGGAAGAAGUGAGUUUGGGGCAGGAGUGCGGGAGAAGACGAGGGAAUACAAGGCGGUGAACAGCUGGGCGGUGGUGGCGACCGUGGUGGCUGGGGGGGAUACAAGGAGGAUGGCCGUUGCACUGGGGCUGAAGGUGAUUCCCAAUAGGGUGAGGCGGGGAGGGAAGAAGUGAGUGGAGUGAGUGCAGGGAAGGAGUGAGUGCAGGGAAGGAGUGAGUGCAGGGAAGGAGCUUGACUUCAAGGUAGUGGGGGCCGAAUUGAGGAGGGGUUGCGGGGCGAUUUUCCCUGUGUCCUAUUGGCUGCAGUGCGGUGAGGUGCGGUGCAGUUCAGGGCUGCCAUUUCCUUCCUCCGACCCUUGGCCCUUGGGAUUGCUAUCACAUGAUUCGUGUAUUGUAGAACUGUACGGGUUUAGGGUUUAGUGUUGGCUACAAGUAUUGUUGGAGCUUUUUGCAGAGUUGGCUAGCUACAACAAGGAAUUGUUUGCACAUGUAUGUAUGUCGUAUGAUGCCAUCGUACUGUCAUAGAUUGUGUGCAUUAUCAGACCGUUAUUAUA